AUGAAGAAGAUUGAAGAAGGUGAAAGUGAAGAAGAUGAAGAAGAUGAAAGUGAAGAAGAUGAAGAUGAAGAAGAUGAAAGUGAAGAAGAUGAAGAAGAUGAAAGUGAAGAAGAUGAAGAUGAAGAAGAUGAAAGUGAAGAAGAUGAAGAAGAUGAAAGUGAAGAAGAAGAUGAUGAAGAUAAAGAAGAUGAAGAUGAAAGGAACAAUAGCUAUGACUUUAAAGAUGGUUCCUGCUGCUAUAAAAACCACACCCAAGGACGCGAGCUCCUUGCUGAACUUGUCAGCCAGCGUGAGACUGGGACAUUCCUUGAUGUGGUUGUACAAGUCGAUGGUAGAGAGUUCCCCUGUCACCGGGCCGUGUUGGCAUCCACGCCGUACUUCAAGGCCAUGCUGUUGUCAAAUCUCACCGAAAGUAGUUCAAGGGUCAUACAGCUGCGUGAGAUAGACUCCAACAGCUUCUCCAAGAUCCUGGACUUUCUGUAUACCGGGAAAAUCCGCAUCGGUAAAGACGACGUCCAGGACAUUCUGCAGACGGCACACAUGCUGCAAUUUGACAAGAUUCUGCAGUACUGCCGUGAGUUCAUCAACGACAACCUUGAUCUAUCCAACUGUCUCGGCGUCAUGCGCCUGGCCGACAUGUAUGAUUUUCCUGCCAUAAAGAGGAAAGCAAGAAACAUGGCAGUUUUAAACUUCUCAAACGUCACACAAGAUGAGGAGUUCCUCAGCCUUUCAGUGAAAGAUCUCGUAGAUCUACUUGAAGGCGAGCAUCUGAAACCAGUGAAAGACAUGAAUGAAGAUGACAUCGUGCAUUCUGUAAUCAGAUGGCUUCACCAUACCCCUGAGAUCCGUCAAACAGCGAUCCCAAUGAUAUUCAAAGAGAUCCGUUUAUCGUGCGUGAGAGUCAGCGUGCUACAGAAGCUGGAAUCACACCCUGCGAUACAAGGGUCCGCAGAAUGCUUGGCAAAAGUCACAGCGGCUAAGGAGAAACACCUUCUCGGUACAGAUCAUGUAGAGGUAGAAGAUGCGAAAAGUCAUAGGCAGGAAACACCAGACAGCUUAGCAAUCAUUGUCGGCGGCUGGAAGGCAGUCAAGAGACCACACAAUCCUCAUGACGAGCAGUCCAUCCCUCCGCAGCCGACAGCCCUGCAAAGCAUAAUUUGUUUUGAUCCAGACAUUCAGCAAUACUACGACAUCACUACCCUCCCAACACGUGUCUCCGGCUACAUGAGCGUGGCAAGUGCAGGGAGACACCUGUACGUGACAGGUGGGCGGGUCCAUCCUCUACUCGGCCAGGGUCCCCAUUCUGCCCCAUCCAGGCAAGCCUUUCGGUACGAUUUCCCUUCGGACACUUGGCUUAGGUUGCCUGACAUGCCUCGCGGCAGGGCAGGGCAUCAGUCGGUGGUCGUUGACGGGAAACUCUUCGUGGUCGGUGGUGACGCUGAGGAGGGGACGUCUUUGGUGACCAUGGAUUGCUAUGAUCCUGUAGAGGGGGCUUGGAUGAAGAUGCAUAUGCUCCCGCUAUUGCGAACUUCAUCAACCUUAAAAGUAACGACCUUCGGGGACAAGGUUGUGAUCAUUGAAGUGCAGGAAAGCGCGGAUGACCUUUCGAUUGAUGGCGAUGCCACGUUUCUGCUCGAGGCUCGCAUAGGUUCUAGGAUCCAGCAAGGUAGGAAUCAAGGAAAACUAAGUGUCCAUUCGUUAGAUGUGAAAACCAAUGUUUGGCAACACGCCUAUACCUACGUACCCAGGCGUUCUCUGGAGCACGUUGACAUUCUCACGACUACUGUACAUGACAAGCUGUACAUCAGUGGAGGGCUGUAUGGCGCCAGAUACAUCUUCGAUGCCGAAGAAGAGACCCUAAAUAAGGGCUAUGGAGGAGAUUUGAAAGAGAACGUCCUCAUUUGCGAACGAAGUGGGGACAAUUACCGCUACAUGAAUGGCCAGGAAGCCAUCAUGGGUACCAUUUGUACCUGGUAUGGACGCAUCUCCACAAGGCAUACGCGCCUUCCCUUUGCCUUAUUCGGCCACAGCUUCCUCCAAACCAAGAAGAGCAGCGUCGGGUGGUACUGCCGGGACCUUGAAGUACUGGACAAGGAGAAAUAUUCCAUCUACUUGAUCCGAGUGAACCGCCAUGGCCCCACCAUGUCCUGGGACUAUGAUUCUGAUGAUGACGAUUACUAUCAUGGCUCUGGCUACGACGACUAUGAGGACUAUGACUAUUACGGCUAUGACAGCGAUACUUCGUAUUUAGACAGAAGGAAGGGGGGGACUCAAGAAGACGGCAUCCGUCGUUUCGAAAACCACACCCAAGGACGUGAACUCCUUGCUGAACUUGCCAGCCAGCGGAAGACCGGAGAAUUCCUUGAUGUGGUAGUGCAAGUCGAAGGUAGAGAGUUCCCCUGUCACCGGGCUGUGUUGGCAUCCACGCGGUACUUCAAUACCAUGAUGUCCUCAAACCUCGCCGAGAGUAGUUCAGAGGUCGUACAACUGCAAGACGUUGACGCCACCAGCUUUUCCAAGAUCCUGGACUUCCUGUAUACCGGGAAAAUCUGCACCACCAAAGAUGACGUCCAGGACAUUCUGCAGACGGCACACAUGCUACAGUUGGGGAAGAUAGUCGAGUACUGUCGUGAGUUCAUCGAAGACAACCUCUGUCAGUCCAACUGUCUGGGCGUCAUGAGUCUGGCCGACCUUUAUGGUUUUUCUGCCUUAAAAAAGAAAGCAAGGGACAUGGUGGUGUCAAACUUCCCAGACGUCACUCAGGAAGAGGUAUUCACUAACCUUUCAGCGGAAGACCUCACAGAUCUACUGGGAGACGAGCACCGGAAAGUCACGAAUGAAGACGACGUUGUCGACUCUGUAAUCCAGUGGCUCGACGAAAACCCAGGAAACCAUCAAAAAGCAAUCCUGAGGAUUUUACAAGAGAUCCGUCUGUCUUGCGUCAAGGUCAGGGUGCUACAGAAGCUGGAGUCACACCCUGUGAUACAAGGGUCCGCGGAAUGCCUGGCAAAAAUCACAGCAGCUCAGAAGGAGAAACAUCUUCUCGGUACAGAUCAUGUAGAGGUAGAAGAUGAGAAAAGUCAUAGGCAGGGAACACCAGACAGCUUAGCAAUCAUUGUCGGCGGCUGGAAGGCAGUCAAGAGACCACACAAUCUUAUUGACGAGCAGUCCAUCCCUCCGCAGCCGACAGCCCUGCAAAGCAUAAUUUGCUUUGAUCCAGACAUUCAGCAAUACUACCACGUCACUACCCUCCCGACCCCUGUCUCCGGCAACAUGAGCGUGGCAAGUGCAGGGAGACACCUGUACGUGACAGGUGGGCGGAUCCAUCCUGUGGUAGGCCAGGGUGGCCCACCUACCCGAUCCAGGCAAGCCUUUCGGUACGAUUUCCCUUCGGACACUUGGCUGAGGUUGGCCGACAUGCAUAGGCGCAGGGAAGGGCACCAGUCAGUUUUCGUCGACGGAAAACUCUUCGUGGUCGGUGGUGACGCCGAGGGGACGUCUUUGGUGACCAUGGAUUGUUAUGAUCCUGUAGAGGGGGCUUGGAUGAAGAUGCAUGUGGAACAGCUAUUGCGCACUUCACCGAUCGUGAAAGUAACGGCCUUCAGGGACAAGGUUGUGUUCAUCGAGGUGCAGGAAUACACCGAGGACCUAAGUGCGUUUGGCGAACAGUUCGGCGUACAGUUCGGCGUUGCGAUGCUGCAAGGGUCUCGCAUGGGCUUUAGGAUGCAGCGAAGCACUGAUGAAGGAAAACUGUGUGUCCAUUCGUUAGAUGUGAAAACCAAUGUUUGGAAACACGUCGCAAUCUACGUAAACAGGCGAUAUCUGGAGAACGUCGACAUUCUCUCGACUACUGUCCAUGACAAGCUGUAUAUCCGUGUCGGGUAUACAUUUAUAUAUGACCUCUACAUCUUCGAUGCCGAAGAGGAGACCCUAAUCGAGCGUGGUGAAGGAGAUUGGGAAGAGACCAUCCUUCGCACGCAAUGUGAGCACAGCGACCGCUACGUAAGACAGGAUGGCAUCGUGGAUACCAUUGGCCACUACGAGUUUGGAGCCCGGAGGCAAACGUACAGAGACUACCACAUCCCCCUUCCCUUUGCCUUAUUCGGCCACAGCUUCCUCCAGACCAAGAAGAGCAGUAUCGGGUGGUACUGCCGGGACCUUGCAGCCCUGGGGAAAAACGGCAAACGAGAGCCGGGGUCACUCAGUGAGCCUACUGGAGCUACGAGCUCUGAUUCGGGUUUGACUGAUUCUGCACCUGAUAACCCGUACCACGACAGUACAAGGGUGGUAAUCCCUACAAUGGCCCGCAGAAGGAGAGACAGAGAAUCAGACGACUAUGAUGAAUUGGACCAGAUAAGUACUAUGACCUUGACUGAUUCUACACCUGAUAACCCGUGCUACGAAAGUACAAGGCCGCCAGUACCCCCACCAUUCCGCAGAAGGUGCUAUAUGGAAUCUGAUGACAGUACGCCGCCGCCGCCAGUGCGUAUACGCCCACCACCCCCACGAAUACGAUACCGCAGAAGGUGCUACAUGGAAUCUGAUGACAGUACACCGCCGCCGCCGCCAGUACGUAUACCCCCACCACCCCCAUCAUACAUGGAAUCUGAUGACGGCUCCCGUCUCUAUGCCAACUACCUCCAUGGGGUCGAGCGUACCCAUCUUGCUAAACUUGACAACCAGAGAAAGGCUAGGAAAUUCCUUGACGUGAUGGUACAAGUCGAUGGUAGGGAAUUCCCCUGUCACCGGGCUGUGUUGACAUCCACGCCGUACUUCGAGACCAUGUUGUCGUCCAACUUCUCUGAAAGUAGUUCAAGAGUCAUACAACUGCGUGAGAUAGACCCCAACACCUUCUCCAAGAUCCUGGACUUCCUGUAUACUGGGAAAAUCCGCAUCGGUAAAGACGACGUCCAGGACAUUCUGCAGACGGCUCACAUGCUACUGUUGGACAAAAUUGUGGAGCACUGUCGUGAGUUCAUCGAGGACAACCUCUGUUCGUCCAACUGUCUGGGCAUCAUGCGCCUUGCCAACCUGUAUGGGUUUUCUGCAUUGAGGAAGAAAGCAAGGAACAUGGCAGCGUCAAACUCCCAAUACGUUACACAAGAUGAGGAGUUUCUUGGCCUUUCGGCACAAGAGCUCGCAGAUCUACUCAGAGGCGAGCAUCUUUUUUUGUAUUUUCUUUUUAAGAACGAAGUCGAAGAUGACGUUGUCAGUUCUGUUCUAAAAUGGCUCGACCAUGCUGAGCACCGUAAGUCCGAAAUCCUCAUGAUUUUACAAGAGAUCCAUCUGUCUUGUGUGAGAGUCAGCGUGCUACAGAAACUGGAGUCACACCCUGUGAUACGCGAGUCCGCAGAAUGCCUGGCAAAGAUCACAGCAGCUAAGGAGAAACAUCUUCUCGGUACACAGGUAAAAGGAGAAGAUGCAAGUGUUCCUAGACGCGGGAUAUCGGACGAUCUGGCAAUUAUUGUCGGUGGUUGGAAGGCAGUCGGCAGAGAGCCAACGCCCAUGCAAAGUAUAAUUUGCUUUGAACCAGACUGUCAGCAAUACUACCACAUCACCACCCUCCCAACACCUGCUUCUGAGUACAUGAGCGUGGCAAGUGCAGGGAGACACCUGUAUGUGACAGGUGGGCGGGUCCAUCCCGUGGUCGGCCAGGGUCCCAAAUCUUUCUCCAGGCAAGCCUUCCGGUACGAGUUCUCUUCGGACACUUGGCUGAGGCUGCCCGACAUGCCUCGCGGCUGGGCAGGGCAUCAGUCAGUAGUCGUUGACGGUAAACUCUUCCUGGUCUACGCGACGUCUUUGAUGACCAUGGAUUGCUAUGAUCCUGAAGAGGGGGCUUGGAUGAACAUACACGUGCGACCGUCACUGCGCCCUUCAUCGAACUGGAUGGUAACAGCAUCCGGAGACAAGGUUGUCAUUAUCGUGUCAAAGUCAAAGAUCACGGACGUAAAACACGGUUGCUUCUCGUGGUUCGAAGAAGAAGGUGGACUUGAGAUUGAGGGAAAGUUGUGUGUUCUUGCGUUUGAUGUGAAAACCAAAGGUUGGAGCUACGUCGAUAUCCAGAUGGAUGAAGUCAAGUCAAGUCAGUCCUUGGUGGAGGACAUGGACAUUCGCACUACUACUGUCACUGACAAGCUUUAUAUUCGUACUGAAUAUACUAGUACCCAGCAUUCCAACCUUUAUAUCUUCAACGCCGAAGAGAACACCCUAACGAAGGGUGAUAGAGAAGAUGGGUGGGUGUUGGAAGGGGACGUCCUUCGCGCGAAAUGUGAGCACAGCUACCGCAACGUUAGAAAGAAGACCACGGGCUUCGCCAUCGUGGACACCAUUUGGUAUGGGUUACGUCACAGGCAGACGCCCCUUCCCUUUGCCUUAUUCGGCCACAGCUUCCUCCAAACCAAGAAGAGCCGUGCCGGGUGGUACUGCCGGGACCUUGCAUCACUGAACGAAAGACGACGAGGCUCAGCGUGUAAAAUCAGACGGUGA